AUGCUUUCUACAACCCUAGAGACCAGCAAUGAUAGGUGUCUUCGGUGGGGGGUGGGGCAGAAGGCAACAGACAGGAUUGUUGUUCAUGGCAUUUCAAAGAACAAUUCUCAUAGAGUCCAUCCUCCGCGCAAGUUGCAUUGGAAUUUCUCCAUCCCGGAGAAGAAACGAGGUGGGCCAACUAUAAAGAAAGGCUACUCUGGGCUCUUCAUCUAUAAGCUAAUUGGCAAUGUGGUUGAAUAUAUGGGAAAAAAUGAAAGCGUAAAUUCCUUUCUACAAAACGCAUUCCAAGGAAAAUAA